AUAAACACUUAAAUAGUUUUCAAAAAAUCUUUUUGUAAAUCAUAAAAAUAGCGGUAUGUUACGAUCCUUUCCACUUUAGGUAUUUUUGGUAUAUUUCGCAUACCGAAUGAUUUCUGGUAUUACGCUAUGGUCACUCUUGUAAAGGCAAAUUGGAAUUGUAUAUAAAAAACGCGAAUUAUGUGAAUGAAUCAUUGUAAAAGUCGGAACAAGGAGGUAAAUCAAAGGGUUAAGCGCCCACCUCCACUGUCGCACUUCGGUUAAAUUAAUCUAAUCUUGGCCAGCGCUGACGUCGCGUCGACUGCGCUGCCUCCGCUGAAUUUUCUUGCCGAGUGCCAAGCCAGGCCGGCCGCCGGAGCGUCCGCCGAUCAGUAAACACUCGCCCGAAGACGCCGCCGGACGUCUCGAUCUCCACAACCAGACCCAGUGAAUCCCCCCAAAACAAACACCAUGGUGGCCCCCUCGAAGCUUAGCCAAGUGCUGAGCUACCAAAACUUCGUGCACGCCGUCUCUGGAGCCGCGGGUGGCUGCAUCGCCAUGAGCACCUUCUAUCCGCUGGACACGGUGCGUUCCCGCCUGCAGUUGGAGGAAGCCGGAAAGGUUCGCAGCACUAAGCAGGUGAUCAAGGAGAUUGUGCUGGGCGAGGGCUUUCAGUCCCUAUACCGCGGACUAGGACCCGUUCUCCAGAGUCUGUGCAUCUCGAAUUUUGUCUACUUUUACACAUUCCACGCUCUGAAGGCUGUGGCCUCGGGCGGCUCUCCCGCCCAGCACAGCGCGUUGAAGGAUCUAUUUCUGGGCAGCAUUGCCGGUAUAAUUAAUGUGCUGACCACCACACCCUUUUGGGUGGUUAACACGCGUCUGCGAAUGCGCAACGUGCCCGGAACUUCCGACGAGGUUAACAAGCACUACAAAAGCCUGCUGGAGGGUCUCAAGUAUGUGGCAAAGACGGAGGGCAUUGCCGGCCUGUGGUCGGGCACGAUUCCCUCGCUGAUGCUGGUCUCCAAUCCUGCCCUGCAGUUCAUGAUGUACGAGCUGCUUAAACGCAACCUAAUGCGCUUCAACGGCGGUGAGAUGAGCAGCCUGAGCUUCUUCUUCAUCGGAGCGAUUGCCAAGGCCUUCGCCACGGUGCUAACGUAUCCGCUGCAGCUGGUGCAGACCAAGCAGCGCCACCGCAGCAAGGAGGCGGAAACGAAGCCAUCGACAUCGUCUAAAGCCAAGACGCCCAGCACGCUGGAGCUGAUGAUCAGCAUACUGCAGCACAAUGGCAUUCGGGGGCUGUUCCGCGGCCUGGAAGCAAAGAUCCUGCAAACCGUGCUCACUGCAGCUCUCAUGUUCAUGGCCUACGAGAAGAUCGCCGCCACCGUCGGCAUGCUGCUCAAGCGCAACUGAUGAUAGAGGCUUUAGCUCUAGUCUAUCCGUAGUUUUAGUCACAAAACACUAACCAUAAGCCGCAAUGCAUCACAGUCUGUCUAAGGAUCUACGGCCAGCACAGAACACAAACGAAAACACUCCAAAGGUAGCCGCUAAGCGUGGAUAAAAUAAAGGAAAGGAUAAUGCCUAACAAAAUUAAAAGA